UCACUGUCAGUGAAAAAUUGUAGUGUCCUUUUUCCUAGAAAAAAUAUGGCAAAAGCUAAAUGUCAUAACUGUGAAACAAAAUGCGGUAAAGGUAAAAUGAAUCCCGAAGUUAUAAGAAAGUUAGAAGAAGGAUUUAGAAGACUAAGAACUUCAAAUUCCCAAUCACUUUUAAAAAAAUAUUUGACGCAAGCUAUAUUUGAUAAACUAAAAUCGAAGAAAACUUCCUUUGGUUCUACUCUACUAGACUGCGUUCAAUCUGGUUUCGAAAAUCCAGACUCCAACAUUGGUGUUUAUGCACCAGAUCCAGAAGCCUACACACUAUUUGCAGAUUUAUUUGAUCCCAUAAUCGAUGAAUAUCAUGGUGGAUUCAAAAAAGGGGACCAUCAUCCUCCUUCAGACUGGGGGGACCUGGACUGCAUAGGCAAUGUAGAUCCUGACCAAAAUUUCGUCGUGUCAACUAGAGUGAGAUGUGGACGAUCCUUAGCAGGGUAUCCAUUCAACCCUUGUUUAACCGAAUCUCAAUAUAAAGAUAUGGAGAAAAAGGUUUCCGGAACGUUGACUUGUUUAACAGGAGAACUCCAAGGGAAAUACUAUCCCCUCACUGGAAUGUCCAAAACGGACCAAAACCAACUGAUUGACGAUCACUUUCUGUUUAAGGAAGGAGACAGAUUUUUGCAGGCAGCUAACGCAUCUCGAUUUUGGCCAACAGGAAGAGGAAUUUUUCACAAUACCAAUAAGACGUUUUUGGUAUGGUUAAAUGAAGAAGAUCACUUACGAAUCAUUUCAAUGCAACCGGGUGGCAAUGUAGGAGAGGUGUACAGACGAUUAGUGACCGCUGUUCGGGAAAUUGAAUCGAAAUUAAAAUUUGCCAGGAGCGACCGGUUAGGUUUCUUAACUUUUUGUCCGACCAAUUUAGGUACCACGAUACGAGCAUCGGUGCAUAUUCAAGUACCCAAGUUGGCACAUAAUAAAACCAAGUUGGAUGCGACCGCAGAUCAAUAUAAUUUGCAAGUGCGAGGUACCAGAGGUGAGCACAGUGACGCAGAAGAUGGCAUUUAUGACAUUUCCAAUAAACGAAGAUUAGGCCUGACGGAAUUUGAAGCUGUUAAAGAAAUGCAUGAUGGUAUUUUGAAGAUUAUUGAAAUAGAAAAAUCUCUGUAAAUCUAAAAUCAAUAAAAGGUAUCUUUCGACUGA